GGGUCCCGCCGAUCCCGUGGUGCCUCGCGCCGGCCGGAGCCCCUCUCAUCCGGGUUCUCUCCCGGCGUGCCUCGCGCUGAGUUGGCCAGGGGCUAUUCGGCGGUACCGCCAUGACUAUUCUCCCUAAAAAGAAGCCGCCGCCUCCCGACUCCGACUCCGCCAACGAGUCGCCGCCGUCCGGGCCGCUGCCCUCGGCGCCGCGCCGCGGCGGGGGCGUGGGCGUGGGCGGCGGCGGCGCGGGCGUGGGCGGCGGCGACCGAGACCGUGACACGAGCGUGGUGGGGGCCCGGCCCCGGGCCUCCCCGCCUCCCCAGGGCCCGCUGCCCGGGCCCCAAGCCGCGCUGCACCGCUGGGGGCUCGCUGUGCCCCCGGGCUCCGUGGCAGGGCCCCGGCCUCAGCCGUCUUCCCCUCCCCCGUGCGGGGGCCCCGGGGGGCCCGGCGGCGGGCCCGGCGACGCGCUGGGUGCCGCUGCUGCGGCCGUGGGGGCGGCCGGCGUGGUGGUGGGCGUAGGUGGGCCCGUGGGCGUCGGCAGUUGCUGUUCGGGCCCGGGGCACAGCAAGCGGCGCCGCCAGGCUCCGGUGGUCGGGGCGGUCGGCGGGACCAGUCCGCAGCACGAGGAGGUCGGUGCGGGUUACAACAGUGAGGACGAGUACGAGGCGGCGGCAGCACGCAUCGAAGCCAUGGACCCCGCCACCGUGGAGCAGCAGGAGCAUUGGUUUGAAAAGGCCCUGAGGGACAAGAAGGGCUUCAUCAUCAAGCAGAUGAAGGAGGACGGCGCCUGUCUUUUCCGGGCUGUAGCUGACCAGGUGUAUGGAGACCAGGACAUGCAUGAGGUUGUACGAAAACACUGCAUGGACUAUCUGAUGAAGAAUGCUGACUACUUCUCCAACUACGUCACAGAGGACUUCACUACCUACAUCAACCGGAAGCGGAAAAACAACUGCCAUGGCAACCACAUUGAGAUGCAAGCCAUGGCAGAGAUGUACAACCGGCCUGUGGAGGUUUACCAGUACAGUACAGAACCCAUCAACACAUUCCAUGGGAUCCAUCAAAAUGAGGAUGAGCCCAUUCGGGUUAGCUACCAUCGGAAUAUUCACUAUAAUUCAGUGGUGAAUCCCAACAAGGCUACCAUUGGUGUGGGACUGGGCCUGCCAUCCUUCAAACCAGGGUUUGCAGAACAGUCCCUAAUGAAGAAUGCCAUAAAGACAUCAGAGGAGUCUUGGAUUGAGCAGCAGAUGCUGGAAGACAAGAAGAGGGCUACAGACUGGGAAGCAACAAAUGAAGCCAUCGAGGAGCAGGUGGCACGGGAAUCUUACUUGCAGUGGCUUCGGGAUCAGGAGAAACAGGCCCGUCAGGUCCGUGGCCCUAGCCAGCCACGAAAAGCCAGUGCCACAUGCAGUUCUGCCACAGCAGCAGCUUCCAGUGGCCUGGAGGAGUGGACCAGCCGGUCUCCACGGCAGCGGAGCUCAGCCUCAUCACCAGAGCACCCAGAACUGCACUCUGAGCUGGGUAUCAAGCCCCCUUCUCCAGGCACUGUUUUAGCUCUUGCCAAACCUCCUUCACCCUGUGCACCAGGUACAAGCAGCCAGUUCUCAGCAGGGGCUGACCGGUCCUCUUCCCCCCUUGUCUCCCUCUAUCCUGCUCUGGAAUGCCGAGCUCUCAUUCAGCAGAUGUCUCCUUCAGCCUUUGGUCUGAACGACUGGGAUGAUGAUGAGAUCCUAGCAUCAGUGUUGGCAGUGUCCCAACAGGAAUACCUAGACAGUAUGAAGAAGAACAAAAUGCACAGAGAGCCACCUCCAGACAAGAGUUGAUGGUGACCAGAGACUGGAGACCCAUCUCCCAAAUCCCGCCUCUCUGCCCUCUGGUGCCACCCUCCCUUUCUUUGGCUUUCUUCCUUCUGCCCUCCCUUCUCUUACUCCUCCCUACUUCCUUCUGGCUGACUCACCUCCAUGCCCCCCCAUCACUGCCACCACCAUCAUGUGUCUGCGCCAGCUGACGUGCCCUCUUGCCCUCUGCACAGCACCAUCCCUGCAUUCCACAGGGGACCUGGGCAAGGGUGCCGAAGGUAGACAAGAGGCACACAGAGACAAACCAGCUGGCAGCCAGGCAGCCCUAGAAGAGAAUAAAGACUCCCUUUUCUGCCAAAUUCAAAAAAAGUUUGUUAUCCUAAAUACAGUUUGAUGCCAGAGAGGUGGAAGGAAGCAGGUGGGAAAUUUGUCUUCCUAGUAUCCCGAGAAUGUUUGAACCUUCAUUGAAAUUUUUGCGUUUUCUAAAUAUACUUUUAUUUUACAAAACCAACUAAUUACAAAACGGUGUUGGCAACAGCAUUGGCUUAUUGAGGGUGACAACUCUCUGGUUUGACUGCAGACAGUCUGUGGGGCCCAGAGGGAGCACAGUUAUGGUUGCAAUCUCUGACCGCCCACUCUGUGGGUGUGGACAGGUUCUAGAGUGAGUUGGGGGUGGGGAGCUGGGGGGGCAGGUGUGGCAGGUAUUACAUGGGCUUUGGAUAAUGAGACUCUGACCUCGCUGCAUUCCUUUGGCUUCCACCACCACCGCCACCAGUCUUUCUGGAGUCUUGGGGUAGGGGGCAUCUCUGCGGAUCAUGGCUACCACCCAGGAUUUGAGUGUGGGGAGUGGGAGCAGCCUCAGCAGAUGGGGCACCUCAGCCCUGCAGGUGUUGACAAGAUCCACCGUCUGUAAUGUCCUUGGCACAAUAAAACCAAAUGUCAGUUUC